GCUCGUUUAUGACAUCCACGCCAGGGUUUAAAGCAGCCUCCAGGCCAGCCUUUUGCUGCCUGUUUGCGGUGAUUUGGGAUUUGUGGAAUGGGAAGUGCAGAGCUCCGGGACAGGAUGUGGAGUCACUGCAGGAUCGUACAGCCCCCCUAUUCUUGACAGAGCUGGCGUGCGUCUGCAUGAGCACCUCGUCUCUGCAGAAGAUACACUGUAGAACCGGAUCGCUUUGUGGCCUCUGGAAACCUGUGUUCCCGAGCCCUCUACUUAAGAGUAAAUCUAAACCCAGUGCAGACAGCCUCGGGGGUUAACUUAAUAACAGAGUGCUCUUUCCCCCCCUCGUGCUGUUGUUUUGCCUGCCCGGACAUGCACUGUGUGUCUGUGUGCCUCUGUGUUUUCAAUAGAUUCAGGUGAUGGCUCACCUCUGGACUCUCCUGUCAGCAGGCCUGCUGCUGAUGUCCGUGGCUGAACCUCUGAGCAGCCCUCAGGAAAAUGACAACAAGUUAGUGAAACACACAGUGUUCACUAAGAGCCAGACCCAGGUGAACGAGAGUGCACUCAGAAAUGUCAGUGAACCAACACCAAGCCACACACCUACAACCUCAGCUCCUUUGACCACCACAACUUCCCCAAACUCUAGCCUUGCUCCACAGUGUCCAGGAAACCAGCUGAUGCAUGAGAGCAGCAAUGUCUGCAUCUGUCCAUCCAUCAUGGUAAAGGAUGGUGACAACUGUACUUGCCCCAAGGGCUUCACCUUGGAAGGAGCAGCUGAGUGUAAAGAUGUUGAUGAGUGCGAAGGAGAGAGACCAGGACCAUGUGACCUCCAUGCCAGCUGCAUUAAUAACCCCGGCUCUUACUCGUGUAGCUGUCUCCGUGGUUACCUGAUGGGUUCUGACGGGUGCCAGGAUGUUGAUGAGUGUGCUUUGGCCGCUGUGACAGGCCUGCAGGCCUGUCAAGGCGAGGCUGAGUGCAAAAACACACCUGGCUCCUUCACCUGUUCGUGCCAUGAGGGAUAUGUAAUGGCUACAAAUGGGCGAGGCUGUGUAGAUGUGGAUGAGUGCAGCUUUGAGGAGCUGUGUCGCCGCGAGCUGGGAAAUGUGUGCGUUAACACUCCUGGCAGCUUUUCAUGCCAGUGCCAGCUGGGCUUCAGAGCAGAGACUGCUGCCUGUGUCGAUGUGGAUGAAUGUAUAGAGAGUCCCGUGGCGUGUGAUGGACGGAGCGUAUGUGAGAACACGCUUGGGAGCUACGAGUGUGUUUGUCGACCGGGUUACCGGGGAAACGGCACACACUGUGAAGAUGAGAAUGAGUGUGUAUCUGGUGGUCACACGUGUGACGCCAACGCUCGGUGCGGUAACAUCAUCGGGUCGUAUUUCUGUCAGUGUUACCAGGGCUUCAACGGCGAUGGACACUCUUGUUUUGACAUUGAUGAGUGUGUUGUGAACAAUGGUCGCUGUGAACACAACUGCACCAAUGAGCCAGGAAGCUACAGCUGCCAGUGUGCCUCGGGUUACCAGCUGGACCCGGACAGACACAGCUGCACAGAUGUGGAUGAGUGUGUGGGACUAAAUGGGACUUGCGAGCACAUUUGCAUCAAUACUCAGGGCUCUUUCCACUGCUCCUGCAGACCCGGCUACCAGCUGCAUAUUGAUGGCCACACCUGCGUGGACAUCGAUGAAUGUAAACUCCAGAAUGGCUGCUGUUCCCACACCUGCACUAAUUCUCCAGGGGGACAUACUUGCCAUUGCCCCCCUCCUCUGCUGUUAGACAUAGACAACCUAAACUGCAGGAAUGCUACAUCCUGUAAGCUGAGAAAUGGUGGUUGUGACCAUAUGUGCACUGUAAGGGCUGAGGGCCACGUUCAGUGCAGCUGUCAAGCUGGCUGGCAAUUGGACGAAGACGCGAGGAGCUGUGUGGAUGUGAACGAGUGUGAGGACUUCACUAAUGGAGGCUGCGAGCAGCUGUGUGUGAAUCAUCCUGGUGGGUUUAACUGCACCUGCAAGGAGGGCUAUAUAGUUAGAAAAGAUGACCCCACCAAGUGCCAGCCUGUGUGCGACCCCCCUUGUCAGAACUAUGGAGUGUGUGUUGCCCCGAACAUUUGCGACUGUCCUCCAGGCUAUCCUGGAGUGGGCUGCUCAGCCAUGUGCUCCCCUCCCUGCGCUCAUGGAGGUACCUGUAUGCGCUGGAACGAGUGUUUGUGUCUUCGCGGCUGGACAGGAGCAGGCUGCCACACAGCUGUGUGUGAGUUUCCUUGUGCCAACGGUGGUCGCUGUGUGGGACCUGACACCUGCCAGUGUCCCUCCGACUACACUGGCCCCCAGUGCCUCUUGCCCCUUUGCACUCCUGCCUGUCAAAAUGGGGGAAGAUGUGUGGACGUCAACAAAUGCACAUGUGUUGGUGGAUGGCAAGGAGCUCGAUGCCAGAUAGAGCCUGUUGUGUGCCAGAAACCUUGCAUAAAUGGUGGCGUGUGUGUGGGCCUCAACCGGUGCCGCUGUACCAAAGCUUUCACUGGAGAGCUCUGUGAACAAGCGGUGACUACACCCUGUGUGCCACCCUGUCAACAUGGAGGCACAUGCAGCCCUCACAACACUUGUACCUGUCCCGAGGGCACUGCAGGCCUGCGCUGUGAGAGACUGACAUGCCCAGUGGUCACUACAGUAGUGAGUAUGGCUCGAGGGGUGAGGAAAGCAUUUAGGGAAAGCUACGUUGACCGCUGUGGACCUUUCGGAGUUCAGCUUUGUACUAAAUACAGGAUAAACCAGGCACGUGUAUACCUGCAGGCCUACAGGGUGGGCUACAAAAUCCAGUGUCCACAGGGGAAGAGCAGAUAAGCAGCGCUGGAUACAGUGAAAGUGGUUUGUCAUAAGAAAAUGUCAUCCUCCAGACAAUCUUUUGGUCAACACAGGAAGAUAGAAACGGACUGAUGUAACAUCAUAUGUAAAGUGCUGAGGGUGUUGCAGCUUCUCUGGGAGAAGUCUUACCUGAUUAUCAGCCUCUGUGUUGAAAUUAAAUUACACUUCUGUCAUAAAGAAGGUUUAUAAUGUCUGUGAAAUCAUGUCAGCGAUUGAAUAAAAAUGAGUUCACAUCAACAAAUAUUUGAAGAUUUCAAGCACGUAGAUGUUCGAACGGGACAGUUUUUCUGUAGUCAUCUCAGAGUAGAUCUCAUGACAGCAGCAGUUUUAUUGUAAGCCAUGUUAUCACUGUAGUACUGAUAAUCAACCUUUUAUGAAAUAAGCACAAGUUCAGUGUUUGAAAUUCCUGUAAAACAUUAAUCAGCUUGAACGUAUAUUCAAACGAACCCAGUCACCUCCAUGGAUCGGUCACUACUCAGAUAGCUAACAUCCAGCCAGUUUUUUUUGUUUUGAGCUCUACUCAUGUUUUUUUUUAAUCUAGAUUAACAAUGAUAGCAACAUAAAAAAUGCCUAAAGUGACAAAUUCAAAAUAAACUAUUGCCUAUA